AUGGGGGGCAUGGAAAAGCGCAUCACAGACAGCAUGGAGACCAAGAUGACCGAGAUGCACACCAGGCUCGAUGCGGUCCAGGAGCACACUAAGAAACAGGGGGAUGGACUUGCUCGACUGGAGGCGCGAGUGGCUCUACUCGAAAGUGGGGGGCCUUCCUCUACGACCGCGACAGGUUCGGCAAGCACUGCGGGGUCCGCUACAAGAAGGCGCGCCAUCGUCCUGGGGGGCUACGACCGCGACACCCCCCGUGAUGAACUGUUGGCACAGCUCACUGCACAAGUCGCCAAGCUGCAGUUGGACUUUGACCCCCUCACCAUGUUCGCGACGGGGAUCAGACGGGGCACGGCCAUAGUGCCGCUUCAGCCCAAAGAGGGGGAGGAUGAGCGGGAGACCAACGAGCGCUUCGCGAAGGUGUUAAAGCAGAUCCGGGAGGCCAACGUGCAGGUGGGGACCAGGGAUGACGGCAAUCCUCGAAGGCUCUGGGGGGCGGCCUAUGCAGGCAAAGUCAAGCGGCUCGUGCUGACGCUGGACAAGGAAGCCAAGGUCGAGUGCGAGUGGUCGUCGGGGACCGUCUGGUUGUGGGGAGCCAGGAUUGCUUCGGCGACGACGGCGGGGCCACUUGCCAGGGAGACGCACAGCACCAAGCACGGCUGGCUGGACAUGCAAAAGAUCGCAGAAAAGCUCGACAAGCAGAAGAGUGACAUCGAGGCCCCCUGGGGGGACCUCGAGGCCCAGCUUCGCUGA